GUGGGGAGCGAAAGUGUGUGGUCCUGCCCCGGUCUUUAGAGGACCUCUUCUUCGUUAUUCGUCCGACUGCCCGAACAUUUCCUUGCUCCGGCAGCGGAAUGGAAGAACCCUGGUGACAGCACCACGGACAGACCCACGCUGAGACCGAGGAUGGCGGUGGACGCGGCUUCCAGCUUCAGCUUUUGCCGCGCCUCCCUGGAGCACACGCUGUCGGCCGAAGAACUGAGCUACCAGCUGCCACGUCGCUCGGGAGGCAGCAACCUGACCUGGCACGACGGCCGCGGCCAGACGACGGCGCACACACGCACUGUCAAACUUUUGCAGCAACCUGGCACGGAGGGCAUCCAGCUGCAUCCAGGUGAAGCGUUUACUGUGUAUCACACCAGCCCAACGUUGUCAAGUCUGUCCAAACCUGUGGUGCUGUGGACUCAACAGGACGUCUGCAAGUGGCUUAAGAAAAACUGUCCUCACAACUACCUGACCUAUGUAGAAGCCUUCUCUCAUCACGCCAUCACAGGGCGGGCCUUGCUGCGUUUGAAUGGGGAGAAGCUUCAGAGAAUGGGAAUUGUCCAGGAGACACUAAGGCAGGAAGUCCUCCAACAGGUCCUCCAGCUUCAGGUUAGGGAAGAAGUUCGCAACCUACAGCUCCUUAGUCGAACCUCCUUUGGAAACUUUUCUUAGUUCAUCCCUUGGUCCACUUGGCAGCCUUUGCCCCCGUCCCCUGCCACACAAAAAAAAAAAAAACACACUCCACGAGCCUUGGAAGAGCUUCUGUCUUGAGAUUGGUGAGCGGAGAAUCAAGCGGACAAGCCGAGAGACGCCGUGCCAACCAGUCUGGUGGAUUGUCAUUCAGCAUCGGUUUAGCAGGCCUGAAGACCUGCGUACCAACUGUAGCAUAGUGAGAAGGUGGGAGCAUGAUGUUGUAGCUAACUAAAACUGGUUUAUGCCUACUUUCAGCAACUCUAUUCUUAGUGGACUUAAAUGUGGGCUCCUCAUGCUUUGUGGAAAUAAUGGCCAACCACUUCCUCUAUUUACAAGGAUCAUAUUGCUCCACAUUGAUUGAUCAAUAUGUUCAUGGUGUUUACCUCCACUGAGAGGCCAGUAUGAUUCAGUACACAAUAGUAAUGAACACUGUUAAAGCUGCUGUGUCACUAAUAAGUGGCAGCCUAGAGAACAAACGUUCUAACGAUCUGCUAGCGUUUUAUCCCGCAUUCUCCCUGAUUCCACCAUGUCAGCUACACCACACUAAAAGGACAAAGCAAAACCGUAUGGUACAAAAGCAGAGUUUGGGAAAGUCUAUGAUUUUACUCACGUUUGAAAUAAUUUCGUUCUCCAAAGUAUCCUCCUUGUAUGUGCGCGCGUUUGCGUAAGACCAAACAGCGAUUUUUUUUUACAAAUUGUAACUUCUAAUUAUGACAAAUAUAGACAUUUAUUUGUUAAACCUGUCUUCUUAAAGGGGCCAAUGAUUAUUUUAAUCUAGUUUUAAAACCCUUCCUUGUAUUAUAGAUUAGGGCAGUGGUUCUUAACCUUGUUGGAGGUACCGAGCCCCACCAGUUUCAUAUGCGCAUUCACCGAACCCUUCUUUAGUGAAAAAUAAAAUGUUUUUAUUUUUUCAAAUUCAAGAAAAAGUCAUGUUUUUCUACUGGUGCACAAAAUGAACCGUGCAUGAACAUCACCUUGUUCAAAGAACAAAACCAACACAGUGCAUAAACUCACAACAUAUUACACACCUUACAAACAUUACCAUGAAUUGAUUAACGUGGACCCCGACUUAAACAAGUUGAAAAACUUAUUGGGGUGUUACCAUUUAGUGGUCAAUUGAACGGAAUAUGUACUGUACUGUGUAAACUGUACUGUUUCAUAUAAUGUAUUCUCUUCUUUUGCAAUCUGCUAGUAAAAGUUUCAAUCGAUCAAUCAAACAACCUGCAAAGCAGAUGGAAAAUUAGAGGGACCAUUGUUUGGGGGUAUCCAUAAUACGCUGAUAGGGAGAAGUUUUUAUUUACGCGAUAAGUCUGAGGCCAACUACCGAACCCCUUGGGUUCGAUCGAACCCAGGUUAAGAACCACUGGAUUAGGGGUUUCUUAACCAUAUGGCUGGGGCCCAUUGUUUGGAUGCGAGCGCCCCCUAGAGGGCCAUCAAAAAAGAUAUUUUCCCCCAGCUGUGAUCUGUACGGACCGCAGCAGUACUCAGUUGUUAUACACUUUUCCACCACUUGUGGCAGUAUUGACAAUCUCAAACAAGUGUGGAGCUUUAUAGAGAAGCUUCUUAAGCGCAAGAAAAUAUGGACUAAAGUGGUGAAGUUGUAUUUUCAUUUGCACUUUAAUGUUAUUGACAGUUGAAAAAAAUAUGAAUUAUCAAUUUUCGUGCACAACAUAAUUGUAUGUAAAAAGUGUUGUUGUCAGAUAUUUAUGAGUCACUUUUUAUGCAUUAUAUGUGGUUAGUCCUUAUUCCUCUAAUCAGUCAUGGUUUAAUAUCAGUUGACAAGGUUGUAAACUAGAAGUAGGUUAGAUAUAAUUAUUAAAUAUGAUUAAAAUCAAAAGUAAGAUUACUAAUUCCUCAAUAAUAUUUGAGUGGUCACCAGGCCACUCUGUAGUGGAAAAGUUGGGUCCCAAGGUCCAAAAGGUUAAGAACCCCUGGUCUAGAAAUUAUGUAUUGGAUAUGUAACUUUUGCAUAAGUUUGGCUCCACAGUCACUUUUAUAACCUGUUUGUGAGCCUCUCUGCAAGAUGUUUGUUUGUGGAGGCGUUCCCAGAUUGCAAAUGAACCACACCUAAUUUAUUUUUUUGGAAAAUGUACCUUGUUUGAAUAUAUAUCUUGAAGUUGUCAUGGCCAUUUUUUUUUUAGACAAGAUCGACAAUAAUAAACUUCAUAAACAUUAUAUAGAUUCACCCGGUCACAACAUUAUCUGCAUUAAAAACAGCUGCUUCUAGCAACAUUUAUGUGACACGUACAGCAUUCUGCACAAGCCACAAUUAGGUGACAGAUUUUGUGUUUCCUCAUUGACUGACGCAGAGAGGGGAGCACCUCUUCUCUGGCCAAGAGCAUAUACUUAAUGUCUAAAUAAGUACGUCCACCUCACUGUGACGUCACAAAAUACUGCGGGCAGGGGCAACCAAACUGCGUGCUCGUUAAAGGGGAACAUUAUCACCAGACAUAUGUAAGCGUCAAUAUAUACCUUGAUGUUGCAGAAAAAAGACCAUAUAUUUUUUUAACCGAUUUCCGAACUCUAAAUGGGUGAAUUUUGGCGAAUUAAACGCCUUUCUAAUAUUCGCUCUUGGAGCGAUGACGUCACAACGUGGCGUCACAUCGGGAAGCAAUCCGCCAUUUUCUCAAACACUGAGUCAAAUUAGCUCUGUUAUUUUCCGUUUUUUUCGACUGUUUUCCGUACCUUGGAGACAUCAUGCCUCGUCGGUGUGUUGUCGGAGGGUGUAACAACACGAACAGGGACGGAUUCAAGUUGCACCAGUGGCCCAAAGAUGCGAAAGUGGCAAGAAAUUGGACG